AAGUUGUCGAAAACUUGUCCGCAUACCGCGCCGACUGCAUUGAUCGUUUGAUGAGAGAAGGCUGUGAUUUGGACCCUGUCAUCGGUGAUACUGAAUCUGAGAAGCUGCUGCAAGAAUAACUAUCAAUCCACAAGAACUACUAUAUGACGCGAACAUGACGGGCCGCAAGAGUCUCUUCAUAUUCCUGAUGGGGUUGGCAUGGAAAUGCCGGUUCAGCAUGCCGUUGCUGCUCAGCGGUACGGUCGCCAUCUUGGGCAGGGCAUGGAUGUUCCAAAUUAGAGUGCACACGGUCCGGAGAUUACACGAGAAUGAGCUGGCAUAUUACGAUGAAGAAGAGGAACAAGAAGAUGAUGACGGCUCCUGGGAGACUGAGUCCACGGAUUCUUGGGAGACCAUCGUGGAGGAAGUAGCCUAUGGAUGAACAUACAUUUUAUCGAAAAUUAUAUAGUAUUUUCUAAGCUAAAUUUAGAAACAUAACCUCAAAUAUAAUUCUGUAAAAGAAGGAAAAAAUGUGAAAACAGUUUUCUCAUGAAAAAUUAAUUGUGUCUACCGUAUCGUCCUAAACAAGUUAUACGAAAAAAAAAUUCUUAAAAAUAAAAUUUUGUUGCAGAAAGGAAAGAUACAAAAACGUUUUUUUCUUGUAAACUAAGUUCUAGGUCGGAAAAAUAACUUGCCAAAACCAAUAUGUUUAUGAAAUUGUUUAAUAUCGAGUAGGUACCUAAAUUUAUUGUAAUUGUUAUCCAUAUUAAAUUCCAAUUUUGAAGUAAGUAUUGUGUUUUUAAACUAAAUAUUAUUUUUGAUUUUAAGUUGUAAUAAUUAAUAUGUCAUUAAUUAGUCAUUGUAAGUAGAUUUACUAUUAUCACAGAAUUAUAAAAGACUAGCUUUUGCUCGCGACUUCAUCUACGUUCUUCGUAAUAGUCAACUCUAAUAGUCAAAUUUCAUCAAAAUCGAUUCAGUGGUUUAUGCGUAAAAGUGUAACAAACAGACAGUGUUACUUUCACAUUUUUAUUAUUAGCAGGUAUAGGGAAUACUAACUAUUGACCAGCUGUUGCCUGCGACUUCGUCCGCUUUUUAAGUACAGACACCGGUCAUUUACGAUCUUAAUAUAUUUAAAUAUUUUAUUAGAUACGAAGGGAUUUAACAGCAGAAUAAAAAAUAUAGUGAAAGUAAUAUUCGAUUUUUUUUUUGCAUUUUUAAUUAAUUUGAAAUAUCAAUAAUAGUAGUGUAAAUAAUAAAUAAUUACUUAGUUGCGUUUUGUUCGCACUCUACAUUGGUAAAGGUAUAUUAGGUUUGUGGUUUAAUUACCCAGUUAUUUUUUAAAGUAAAUUGCUUAAGUAAUUAAUUUACGGGCUGUGUGUUAGAAUGUUUAAGUUGAAAUAAAAUGACGCCUCAUAUGUUUUGAGCA